AUGAGAACUCGGAUAUCAAUAGUACAAGUUUGGAAGAGAAGAAUACAUGAUUGGAGAAUCGAGAAAAGAUGUCAAUCUUCAAUCACUGAAGUUUCCAUUUCAGCAGUAGGCUUUGACUCAUCAUCGUCGUCGUCAUCUCUGAAUGACCAAUUGGUGUCUGAGCUUCAGCCACAUUUCGAACGCCAAGAACCUUUACUUCUUCGUGGAGCGGUAUCUGAAGCACCUGCCUUGGAGCUAUGGAAAUCUUUUGAUUACUGGCAAAGCAAAGUUGGGCAAGAGAUGGCCAAGGUAGAAAUUGGUGGAUCCUAUGCAUCCACUGGUGGUUCAGAUGGGGAAUCGUCCACGGCAGAGAUUCCUGUGGAAGGUUAUCUACAAUACCUGAAGCUCUUCCAAGAGCGCCACGGCAAGUCCGUAUCUCCAGAUAUGGAACUACCAGCAUCAGAAGAAAUGGUGUAUAUGGCGCAGAAUGAUCUAUUCCAAAACCUGUACGAGGACAUCAUUCUACCUGACUUUUGUCAGGACGAAUCCAACCGAGUGGGCAUUGGCCGACUUUACAGCGUUAUGUUGUGGCUGGGACCUCAUAGCAGUGUUUCACCUAUGCACAAUGACCCUCUAGAUAACUUAUUUAUGCAGUAUGUGGGGCGCAAACGUGUCCUCUUGUUUCCACCGGACACCCAAGUGUAUGCGGGUCACAACGGGCAGCAGUCCAACACAAGUCCCAUCGAACCAGAACCUGAAAAUGAAAGUUUAAUCAAACAACAAUAUCCACUCUUUGACCAAACUACCGGGGUUUCGUGCGAGGUUGGUCCUGGGGAUGCUCUUUACAUUCCGUCAAAGUGGUAUCACUACGUAAAAUCUCUGGACAUUGCAGCAAGUGUCAACAUAUGGUGGAGAUAA